CAAACAGUAGAGCAGUUCCAGGGGAAGCAGGGAUCUUUGUCCCCUUAAAUCCAGUCCACAGCGUUGUCCAGUAUGGAGCUUUUUGAGACCAACCCUUAUUUCUUCCCUGACCAGCGCUUCUACGAGGGAGGGGACAGCUAUUUCCCUUCUCGCCUGCCUGGGGGGUACGACCAAGCCAGCUACCAGGACAGGAACUCCAUGAUGGGCUUGUGCGGGAGUCUGUCUGGGGGUGUCGGAGUUGGGGUCACAGGAACAGAGGACAAAGCCUCUCCGUCCAGCCUGUCACCUCAUUCUGAGCCUCACUGCCCGGGCCAGUGCCUUCCCUGGGCCUGUAAGCUAUGCAAAAGGAAGACAGUGACCAUGGACCGCCGGAGAGCGGCCACACUGAGGGAGAAGAGGCGUCUGAAGAAGGUGAAUGAGGCUUUUGAUGCCCUGAAGAGGAGCACCCUGAUGAACCCCAACCAGAGGCUGCCCAAGGUGGAGAUCUUGCGGAGCGCCAUCCAGUAUAUCGAAAGGCUCCAGGCCCUGGUGUCCUCCCUCAACCAGCAGGACACUGAGACAGGACAGCAGGGGCUGCACUACCGACCCAGUCCGACCCAGCCCAGAGUGUUGUCGUCAAGCGAGCCCAGUUCAGGCAGCACCUGCUGCAGUAGCCCAGAGUGGAGCAGCACUCCAGAGCAGUGCACGCAGAGCUACAGCAGCGAGGAUCUCCUGAGUGCUGCUGACUCUCCAGAGCAGGGGAACAUGCGUGCGCUGACCUCCAUCGUGGAUGGCAUUUCUGCAGCAGAUGGAGCUGUGGCCUUUCCUGUGGACAUUCCCAAAUAG